AGGUGGGUCUGGGGCUGUGCUGCUGUCCUGCCCGUUGCCUCUGCCUGCGUCCGGGGCUCUGCUCUCAAAGCUGAGCGCACAGAUGCACCUCUGCUACUUGUUUUGCACCUUCCCACUGCACUCAGCCAGGGUCACUGCGAUGGUGGGCUCACCAGUCCGCCAGUGCAUUCCAGCCACAUUCACAGAAAGCCCACCUUUGUGCAGAGUGGCAGUGGCCUUCAACAAGCCAGCCGAGGCCAGUCUUCAGCCUGAUCUGAAGCCCAGGCUCGCCCAUCAGAGCUGCGGUAUCCACGCACACGCCGCCUCUCAGAGAGGAGCCAUGGAAGAGCACAGUGGCAGCUUUCUCUUCCACCCAAACGUGCGGGCCCCAAGCCCUGAUGGGAACACAAUCCAGGGAACCACAUGCUGGGGAAGCCCCGGACCGGGACGAGUUAACCAGGCCGCCAGGGUCAGGAUGUGAAGAACCACACCAGGUACCUGCUCAACCAAACAAGGGACUUGUGGUGGAGACACUCAGCGGCUUGAAUGUCACUUCAGCCCAAAGGGCUGCAGUCUGCGAAGUCCAAAAGGCUCCCGAAAUAACCUGCAGGCUGCUGGGUAUUUCCCACUGUUGCCUCAUUCAAAGCGCACUGGAAGGAGAUUUACAACUGUGGGCGUACUUCCCUGCCCCUGCUCGCCAGGGGCAGCUCCCCACCCAGCCAGUACUGACACAAGGUUCAUCUGCAGACACCACGGUCACUGGGCAAGCUCUGCUCCCUUCAGAUUCGGUGACACAAGCCGCUCAGCAGCACCCCCUCUGAGGUCCCACCUGAUGUCCACAAAGCAACUGGGCCUCAACAAAAUAGUCCCUAGUACAAGAGGCAGCUGUUCUGCCAGGAGGCAGUGGAAAGGCGUGGAUCCCGUGGGACGCCCACUGCACACCCCGACAGGCCUUGCUGACAGAGUCUUGAAAGUUUGUAUGCUCCCGUGUGUGCAUUAGGCUAAGACGCAAUGUCAGUGGUAGCCUGGAACACUUCCUUCCUCGUAUCCUUAAGAGUCCUGCUGGAUUUCAGUUUCUAUAGCAUAUCAUAUCCAUCAUCUAUACUUGGGAUUAAAUUACCCUCCCUAUUUCACUAACACAGUACUUUGCAACAUGAGGAUUUGUAAUUCAUGUGUGAAAUAUUCAGUGUACUAAUGUGAAAAUGUAAAGUAAAAGAAAGGGGUGUGUGUGCAAGAGAGAAGAUGCUAUGCAAUUAUGCCCCAUCCAAACUAUCUGUCUUCCCUGGGCUCUAGAACUCAACUGCAGCCCGUGUACAGCCCUCCCAGCGUGGUCUGAGGCCUUCCAUCUCCCCCACUUCAAGAUAAGGCCCACAGGGACUUGGCACAAAUUGGGUGUGCAGCAAAAUCCAGGGCAUGAUUAUCACAGCGAUCUGGUGUGGACAGUUGACGUCAGCAGAGCUCCCUCAGCCUCCUCAUUGUUCUUCUAACAGAAGACAGAGUGUGAGAUUCGGUCCCUCUGGCUUCAUUUCACAGAACAGGAGAGAUGCAAGGAGAUUCAUGCAAGAGGCAAGGCUGCCACGGGGGGCCGGGGAACGAAGGGCUGUGUGCAGGUCAAAGCAGCAUGAUGAUCAAGGAGUCACCAACAGGGGAGAGGACCAGCCGGGGGUGAGGAGUAGCAAGGAGCUCUCAUGAUCACUUGGCAAUGUCCCCAGCUGCUGUGCUUUAUGUGUUUAAGAUGUGACAAAGAUUCUUUGCUUGGCCAAGCUUCAUUCAGGCUCUAGUACCUUCUCCUAG